AUUUGCAAUUUGACUUGCGCGAUGCACAAAUGGCUGGGCAUCGUGCACUCGGACUCGGAGGCCGAGAGCUCCGACUCGGACGCGGACCUCUUUGACGCGACGGACAACAGCGCGCAGCGGGCGCGGGCGAAAGCCUACGCCGACGACAUUGCGAGCCGGCGCUGGGGCCUCUCGCACCGCGACCGCGCCGGUCUCGCCGAGGGCCAGCUCGCGCUCACGCCCACGAUCGCCGUCGCGUUCGCCGAAGAACUCGGGCAGCAGCGCCGCGUCUGGGACUGCGCGCUCGUGCUCUCCAAGUUCCUCACGAACGCAGCCUACUUUGCACCGGACUUCUUUCUGGGCAAGCGCGUCAUCGAACUCGGCUGCGGCAUUGGCGUCCCAGGCAUCUCGGCCGCGCUCCUCGGCGCCUCCGACGUCGUUCUCACCGACAUGGCCGUCGCUUUGCCGUGGAUCAACGUCAACAUUGCAAAAAACCGCGUGGAGCACUCGGCGCGCGCCGAGACGCUGCUCUGGGGCCCGUCGCCAAGCGCGUCGCUCGGCUCGUUUGACGUGAUCUUGUGCUCCGACUUGAUCUACGGCGACGAGGAGCUCUCGCAGCUGCUGGUGGCGACGAUCCGCGCGCUCUCGCACGCCACCACCGUCGUCGUCUCGGCUUACGAAGCCCGCGCGGCGGGAAACCAAGGCGCGCACUUCCUCGCUGCCAUCGCCGCGUCGCACGACGUCGAGCACGUGCCCCGCGACGCGCUUGACGCCGUGUACCAGUCGGCCAACCUCCACGUGCAGCUCCUCCGGCCACGCUUCUAGCGCGAUAGAACAACGAAUCGAGCCUUUUUACUACUAC